GUUGGGCCAGUCCAGUUAAGCGGACAGUCAGCUGCUUGGUGACUCCGUCUUCUCUCUCUCUCUCUCUCUCUCUCUCUCUCUGGGGAUCGAAAUAUAGACGAGGCUCCGGCUCUCACUUCCUGUCGCUCGCUGCCUUCUCCCACCAGCAAGGUUUGCUGCUGGAGUCGGAUCGGAGGGGGAUGGCGUCGGGGACCGAGAGCUGGAUUCUAAUGGCGACCGGAAGAACUCCCACCAACAUCGCGGUGAUCAAGUACUGGGGGAAGCGCGACGAGGCCCUCAUCCUCCCCGUCAACGACAGCAUCAGCGUCACCCUCGAUCCUGACCAUCUCUCCGCCACCACCACCGUCGCCGUUAGCCCUACCUUCGACAGAGAUCGGAUGUGGCUCAAUGGCAAGGAGAUUCCACUCUCUGGAGAUAGAUUCCAGAGCUGUUUGAGGGAAAUCAGGAAACUUGCCGAUGAUGUCGAGGAUGAGAAGAAGGGUAUCCGUAUCCGGAAGGAUGAUUGGCAGAAAUUGCAUGUCCACAUUGCUUCCUAUAACAAUUUCCCCACAGCUGCAGGAUUGGCGUCUUCGGCUGCUGGCCUUGCUUGUUUUGUUUUCACUCUAGCAAAGCUAAUGAAUGUGAAGGAAGAUUGUGGAAAGCUUUCAUCCAUUGCGAGGCAAGGGUCAGGCAGUGCAUGUCGCAGUAUGUAUGGUGGUUUUGUCAAAUGGACCAUGGGUAAGGAUGCCUGUGGAAGUGACAGCAUUGCAGUUCAGCUUGCUUCAGAAUCACAUUGGAAUGACCUUGUUAUUAUCAUAGCAGUGGUGAGCUCAAAGCAGAAGGAAACUAGUAGCACCACUGGCAUGCGUGACAGUGUUGAGACAAGUCCGCUCUUACAACAUAGAGCCCAGACUGUUGUCCCAGGUCGUAUUUUGCAGAUGGAAGAAGCUAUCAGAAAUCGUGAUUUUGCAUCUUUUGCUAGGUUGACUUGUGCAGACAGUAAUCAGUUUCAUGCUGUUUGCUUGGAUACUAGCCCCCCUAUAUUCUACAUGAAUGAUACAUCACACAGGAUAAUCAGUCUUGUUGAAAGAUGGAACAGGUCUGAAGGAACACCACAGGCAGCCUACACUUUCGACGCGGGGCCCAACGCCGUCUUGAUUGCACCAAACAGAAAAUCCGCUGGUCUUCUGCUUCAGCGCCUGCUAUUCUGCUUCCCGCCACCAGCAGACAAUGAAUUGACUAGUUAUGUAAUAGGAGACAAAUCAAUUCUGCAUGAAGCUGGUCUACAGUCCAUGAAAGAUGUUGAAGCCCUGCCACCACCACCUGUGAGCAAGGACAAGUAUCCAUCUCAAAAGUUCCCCGGCAAGGUCAGCUAUUUCAUCUGCACCAGGCUUGGGAGUGGACCAAGGGUGCUCACUGAUGAAAGUCUAGCUCUGCUAAGUCCCACUACUGGACUCCCAAAGUGAGUUUGCUUACAAGAGAACAUGAUGGUCAUUGGAACUACUUUGUGAGAGAUGCUCCCUUUAUAAUUCUUGGGUUUUGCCGGAAUAUCUUAGUAUGAUCCUUUUUGGAUCGUUCCUCUUCUCUCUUUUCGCUUUGGGAAGAAUCUAUGCUUUUAUUUUAUGUGGGGAUUGACGGACUUCUUGCACUAGCUAUUUCUCUGCAUAUGGUGAGGUCAAGAUAUAAACAAGUUGCUCAGGUUUUGCUUUC